CGUAUGCGGUCGCUUUUUCUCCGUUUCUCCGGCAGCGGGAGGGAGAGACACUCACGGACUAAACACCGAUAAAACCGCGAUCUCCAGCCGCGCAAAGCCGACCCUCUGUGUGUCUGGGGGUGGGACGGGUUGGAUUAGGAAUGCGUUGAGUGAGGAGAGCUGAUGAUGAAGCCCAGAAUAAGUUCUCCCUGGCCCCACAGCAUCGUGAGGAACACACACCCUUGAGCUUUAGAAGAGCAGGAUGAAAUGAGAUAAACACUGGAUGAGUGGAGGCCCCCUGCUUCAGAGUCUCUAAGCAUGGCAGGACUACAGCUGGUGACCCCUGCCUCCUCACCCAUGGGGCCCUUCUUCGGUCUCCCGUGGCAACAGGAAGCUAUCCACGACAACAUAUACACACCAAGGAAAUAUCAGGUUGAACUUCUUGAAGCAGCUCUUGAACACAAUACUAUAGUCUGCUUAAAUACAGGCUCAGGGAAGACCUUUAUUGCAGUACUUCUUAUUAAAGAGCUCUCCCACCAAAUCCGCAGAGGGAAUGGGAGGAGGACUGUUUUCCUGGUGAAUGCAGCAUCGUCUGUGGUUCAGCAGGCAUCCACUGUAAGAACCCAUUCAGAUCUUCAGGUGGGGGAGUAUACGGACAGCUGUACGUCAUGGCUGGAGGAGAAGUGGAGGCAGGAUAUAAUGGAGAAUCAGGUGCUCGUCAUGACCUGCCACAUCUUCCUGCAUGCGCUGAGGAGCGGAGUCCUCUGCCUAUCAACAAUCAACCUGCUGGUUUUUGACGAGUGUCACCUCGCCAUCACGGACCAUCCCUACCGGGACAUAAUGAAGAAGUGUGAGGAUUAUCGGGGCUGUCCGCGUAUCCUGGGUUUGACUGCUUCCAUUCUGAAUGGCAAGUGUGACCCGUCUGACCUGGAGGAGAAGAUUCAGAACCUGGAGAGGAUCCUAAAGAGCAACGCAGAAACUGCCACUGACCUCGUUGUGUUGGAUAGGUAUGCGUCUCAGCCUCGGGAGGUGGUGCUGGACUGUGGGCCCUAUCAGGAUAAGAGUGGAUUGUCUGAGACUCUGCUGAAUGAGCUGGAUGAAGCUCUGCAUUUUCUCAACGACUGCAAUUUAUCUGUACAUCGGGAGGACCGAGACCCCACCUACAUCUCUAAACAGGUUCUGAACGACUGCAGGGCGGUCCUGACCGUGUUGGGCCCGUGGUGUGCUGAUAAAGCUGCUGGGAUCAUGGUGCGAGAGCUGCAGAAGUACAUCAAGCACGAGCAGGAGGAGCUGAACCGCAAGUUCCUGCUCUUCACGGACACCAUCCUGAGGAAGCUUCACGCUCUCUGUGAGGAGCACUUCUCCCCCGCCUCACUGGACUUGAAGUUCGUCACACCCAAGGUCAUCAAGCUCCUGGAGAUCCUGCACGAGUACAAGCCCUUCGAGAGGCAGCAGUUCGAGAGCGUGGAGUGGUACAACAACCGCAAUCAGGACAAUUACGUCUCGUGGAGCGACUCGGAGGACGACGAUGACGACGAGGAGGUGGAGGUGAAGGAGAAGCCGGAAGCCAACUUUCCUUCACCGUUUACCAACAUCCUCUGUGGGAUCAUCUUCGUGGAGAGGCGGUAUACUGCGGUCGUUUUAAACAGGCUAAUCAAGGAGGCUGGGAAGCAGGACCCAGAGCUGGCCUACAUCAGUAGCAACUUCAUCACAGGGCACAGCAUCGGCAAGAACCAGCCUCGCAACAAGCAGAUGGAGGUGGAGUUCAGAAAACAGGAGGAAGUAUUAAGGAAAUUCCGGGCUCAUGAAACCAACUUGUUAAUCGCUACCAGCAUCGUGGAGGAAGGGGUGGAUAUUCCCAAAUGUAAUUUGGUGGUCCGUUUCGACUUGCCGACAGAGUACCGCUCAUAUGUGCAAUCUAAAGGUCGGGCACGAGCUCCAGUCUCCAAUUACAUCAUGCUGGCUGACAGCGAAUGCACCAAGGCCUUCGAGGAGGAUCUCAAGACCUACAAGGCCAUUGAGAAGAUCCUCAGAAAUAAGUGUUCCAAGUCAGCAGAGUGUAAUGAUUACGAGGUGGAUUCUGUGUUAGACGACGACAACAUCCUCCCUCCCUACGUGCUUCGCACCGACGAUGGAGGACCCAGGGUCACAAUCAACACGGCCAUCGGCCACAUCAACAGAUACUGCGCAAGGUUACCCAGUGACCCUUUCACCCAUUUGGCACCCAAGUGCAAGACUGCAGAGCUGAAAGCCAGUGUCUACCAAUCCACACUCUUCCUUCCCAUCAACUCCCCCCUCAGGGAGCCUAUCAAGGGGCCCCUGAUGCCUUGCGCAAGACUUGCAGAGAAAGCAGUUGCACUACAUUGUUGUGAAAAACUUCACAAAAUAGGCGAGCUGGAUGAUCACUUAAUGCCGGUGGGGAAAGAGACUGUGAAGUACGAGGAGGAGCUGGACCUGCAUGAGGAGGAGGAGACCAACGUUCCAGGAAGACCAGGCUCCACCAAGAGGAGGCAGUGCUACCCAAAAGCCAUACCGGAAUGUCUUCGGGGCAGUUAUCCUGUACCAGAGCAGUCCUAUUACCUGUAUGUGAUUGGGAUGGUCCUCACCACACCCCUUCCUGAUGAGCUCAACUUUCGCAGGAGGAAGUUGUACCCUCCUGAGGACACCACCAGAUGCUUUGGCAUUCUGACAGCUAAACCAAUACCUCGGAUUCCCCACUUCCCCGUCUACACCCGCUCUGGUGAGGUGACCAUCUCCAUCGAGCUGCAGAAGUCUGGCUUCUCUCUGAGUGCGGCUCAGCUGGAGCUGAUCACUCGUCUGCAUCAGUACAUCUUCUCCCACAUCCUGCGGCUGGAGAAACCUGCACUGGAGUUCAGACCCACGGAGGCCGACUCCGCCUACUGCGUUCUACCUCUCAAUAUCGUUGGGGAUUCCAGUACUUUAGAUAUGGACUUUAAAUUCAUGGAGGAUAUCGAGAAAUCUGAAGCACGCAUUGGCAUUCCUAACACUCAGUACACAAAGCAGAACCCAUUCACUUUCAAACUGGAGGACUACCAGGACGCUGUCAUCAUUCCAAGGUAUCGUAAUUUUGACCAGCCGCACCGGUUUUACGUGGCGGACGUCUACACGGACCUCACGCCUCUGAGCAAAUUCCCGUCUCCGGAGUACGAGACCUUCGCCGAGUACUACAAAACCAAGUACAACCUGGACCUGUCCAACGUCAACCAGCCCCUUCUGGACGUGGACCACACAUCCUCGAGACUGAAUCUCUUAACUCCUCGCCACCUCAAUCAGAAGGGGAAAGCUCUGCCUCUCAGCAGUGCUGAGAAGAGGAAGGCCAAGUGGGAAAGCCUACAAAACAAACAGAUUUUAGUUCCUGAACUGUGUGCCAUUCACCCGAUUCCUGCCUCCCUGUGGCGGAAAGCCGUCUGCCUUCCCAGCAUCCUCUACAGACUUCACUGCCUUCUGACGGCCGAGGAGCUGCGCGCUCAGACGGCCAGCGACGCCGGCGUGGGCGCCCAGAGCCUGCCCCCCGACUUCAGGUAUCCUAAUUUGGAUUUUGGAUGGAAGAAGUCCAUCGACAGCAAGUCUUUCAUUUCAUGUCCGAGCGCGUGCGCGGAGGACGACGACGAUCACUGUAAGCACGGCACAAGCUCAGCCCCUGACCACACUGCCCAGGAGGAGGGCCUUGGUGCCGAGGCCUCCCCGCCCACAGAGGGCGCUCUCUCGUGUGAUAACUGCAAUGCACCAGAUGAAAAGCUAGGGGCGCACUCGCUCCCGGAGACGGCUCCGCGGCCGCAGGACAAAGACGGGAGUGCAUGCGUCUGCUCCGGUAACCUCAGUAACGAGAGCGACCUAUCCUCACAAACCACUACCUCACUUCCUGUGCAGCCCUCUCCCAGCGCCGAGCCCCGGGCCCCCCGCCAUGAAUGUACCCCAGGCAGGAAGUCGGAUUUCCGAGACGGACACGUGAAUAAACCUACCUCAGACUGUUGCCUUGAGCUCAGAACGGCAACCAGCACCGCAGCACCUUCAUCAGGGUCUCCACCGACCCCCGAACCUGCAGCUCCCACCGGGGACUCGCCCAAAACCCUGGGGCCCAACCCAGGCCUCAUCCUGCAGGCCCUCACCCUCUCCAACGCCAGCGACGGCUUUAACCUCGAGAGGCUGGAGAUGCUGGGGGACUCCUUCCUCAAACACGCCAUCACCACCUAUCUGUUCUGCACAUAUCCCGACGCCCACGAGGGAAGACUCUCCUACAUGAGGAGUAAGAAGGUCAGUAACUGUAACCUGUACCGCCUGGGGAAGAAGAAGGGUCUGCCGAGCCGAAUGGUGGUCUCUAUCUUCGAUCCUCCGGUGAACUGGCUGCCCCCCGGCUACGUGGUGAACCAGGACAAGCGCGGCACGGACAAGUGGGACUCGGACGAGACAAAGGAAGACAUGGCCAACGGAAAAGCCAGCAAGGAUGAGUAUGAUGAUGAGGACGAGGCGGAUGACCUGGAGGAUGAAGAUCUGAUGUGGAAGGAGCCCAAGGACGAGGUGAACGUGGAGGAUGAGAUGGAGUAUUAUCAGGAGCACAUCAAGUUCAUCGACACCAUGCUGAUCGGCUCGGGCGCGUUCGGUAAGAAGAUAUCGCUCAGUGGCUUCCCCGCCGCCGAGCCCAGCUACGAGUGGAAAGCCCCGAAGAAGCCCACCCUGGUCAACCCUCAGUUCCCCUCGGACGGGGGUCCGGACGAGUUCGACUACAGCUCCUGGGACGCCAUGUGCUACCUGGACCCCAGCAAGGCGGGCGAGGAGGACGACUUCGUGGUGGGUUUCUGGAACCCGUCCGAGGAGAACUGCGGAACGGACAUGGGGAAGCAGUCCAUCUCCUACGACCUCCACACGGAGCAGUGCAUCGCCGACAAGAGCAUCGCCGACUGCGUGGAGGCCCUGCUGGGCUGCUACCUGACCAGCUGUGGAGAAAGAGCUGCCCAGAUGUUCCUCUGCUCUCUGGGCCUCAAAGUGCUUCCGGUGGAGAAGCGCAGCAGGAAGAAAGUGGAAGAGGCGGCGUGUGAAGGUCCUGCUGACCCGCAGUACGGCUGGCUGAAGAUCCCGCCGCGCUGCAUGUUCGACCACCCGGACGCCGAGCGCACCCUCAACCACCUAAUCUCUGGCUUUGAGAACUUUGAGAAGAAGAUCAAUUACACCUUCAAGAACAAGGCCUACCUUCUGCAGGCCUUCACACACGCCUCUUACCAUUACAACACCAUCACAGAUUGUUACCAGCGGUUGGAGUUCCUCGGAGAUGCAAUUUUAGACUACCUCAUAACAAAGCACCUUUAUGAAGACCCGCGGCAGCAUUCCCCCGGCGUGCUGACCGACCUGCGCUCUGCACUCGUCAACAACACCAUAUUCGCUUCCCUGGCCGUCAAGUACGACUACCACAAGUACUUUAAAGCCGUCUCACCUGAGCUGUUCCACGUGAUCGACGACUUCGUACAGUUUCAGCUGGAGAAGAACGAAAUGCAGGGAAUGGACUCGGAGCUGCGCCGAUCCGAGGAAGACGAGGAGAAGGAGGAGGAUAUUGAGGUCCCUAAAGCAAUGGGGGACAUCUUUGAAUCACUAGCCGGGGCAAUUUACAUGGAUAGCAAGAUGUCACUCGAGACCGUUUGGCAAGUGUAUUAUCCAAUGAUGAGGCCACUGAUAGAGAAAUUCUCGGCGAACGUCCCCCGCUCGCCUGUACGUGAACUGCUGGAGAUGGAGCCCGAGACUGCAAAGUUCAGCCCCGCCGAGAGGACGUACGACGGGAAGGUGCGGGUGACGGUGGAGGUGGUCGGGAAAGGCAAGUUUAAAGGCGUGGGCCGCAGCUACCGGAUCGCCAAGUCGGCGGCCGCCCGGCGCGCCCUGCGCAGCCUCAAAGCUAAUCAACCUCAGGUCCAGAACAACUGAGCUCCACACAGGUUCCAAACCCAGACACAGCUCCACAGUACCAGUACCAGUCUGCAACACACUGAAGACCACUUUCCACAGCGAGCGGUCUUCUCAUUCUGUGCUUUAGUCCUGGAGAGAAUUUAUUACAUCAGCUAAAUUCUCUUUAAAAAGACUAAAAAAACGACGAUGGGUUCAUUUUAUUUUGCCCUUUUCUUUUUAUUUUUGCGCAAACACAAUCUUUACCUUUUUUCGUUUCCUCCUCUGCUCUGUUUGAUCACACGAGUGCUUUAUGAUUCAUGCAUUGCAAGUGUUUUAAAGGUCAGGUGUCUGCUCUCUUUUUUUCUUCUUCUUUUUUUCUUUUUUUUGUUUUUUUUUUUGUCUUACUAUUUUUCUUUUUGUUUCACUUUUUGUUGUUUUUUUUUAUACAUAAGUCUUCUGCUUUGUGGUAGUGCAUCAAGAAGCUUAUGCGUAACAUAAGUAGUGUUAAAAUGUAUAUAGGUAAAAUUCUACGAGAUAUACAUUUAAAUAAGGAAAUAAACCCUGAACUCCUCAGUCUGUGCACUAGUGCCAGUUUUGAUGCGUUUGUAAAGAACGCUUAGGUGGAAAAUGCUUGAUGUAGAGAGAAAUACAGAGAGUCUUGAAAUGCUAUUCUUAAUAGUCAUUGCACUUAUUUCAUUAGGGUCCGCUGCGUUACGAACUCAGUCGUGAACAUUUCGCCUGAUCAGCGCCAAAAUCGUUAAAGUAUGGAUCUGUGCACACCUGAACACUUUAUCUGAUUUCAGUAUCAGGAUUAUAUUUGGAUAAGGCCACAUAAACCUACUCUCAAAGAGUAAGAAGGUGGUCUGAGACAUAUUUAAAACACAUGCAAAUCUGAUCUAUCAAACCACUUCAGGAGAUGGUCUGAGAGACAUAUGAACUAAACCAGCUCCCUGUACAACUGAACCACCUUAAAGUACAGCCAAAACUCCUCCCAGUAGAAUAGUAACUCUUACAAUUAAAAUCCCCCUUCUGGUACAACAUAACCCCAUCUAAGUUUAGCCAAAACUACUCCCAUUACAGUUGAAACGCCUCCCGUUACAACUGAACGCCUUCCCCGUACAGCCAAGACCCCUCCCUGUACAGCCAAAAUUCUCAAACUCCUCAAAGUAAAACAGAAACCCCCUCCAAGUACGGCCGAAAUUCCAUCAAGAACAGCCCAAACUCCUCCAAAUACAACUGAAACCCCUCCCUGCACAGCCCAAAAUCCUCAGAAUACAACCCAAACCCCUCCAAAUACAACCCAAACCCAUCCAAGUACAGCCCGAACUCCUCCAAAUACAACCGAAACCAGUCCCUGUACAGACGAAAUUUCUCCAAAUACAAAAAAACCCUCCAAGAACAGCCCUGAAAUUCCUUCCCGUCCAACUGAAAUUUCUCCAAGUACAACCGAAACCCCUCCCCGUACAGCCAGAAUUCCUCAAAGUACAGCCCAAACUCCUCAACGUUCAUCUGAAACAGCCCAAACUCCUCCAAAUACAACUGAAACCCCUCCCUGUACAGUCAAAAUUCCUCAAAGUACAACUAAAACUUCUCUAAGCAGAGACCAAACUCUUCAGAGUACAACCGAAACCCCUCCCUGCACGGCCAAUAGUCCUCCAGAUACAACCGAAACCCCUCCAAAAACAGCUCAACCCCUCCCUGUACAACUGAACCCCCUCCCUGUUCACCCCAAACGUCUCAAAGUACAACCAUAACCCCUCUUCAUACAGCUGAAAUACCUCCCUGCACAGCCCAAAAUCCUCAGAAUACAACCAAAACCCCUCCAAAUACAACUGAAACCAGUCCCUGUACAGACGAAAUUCCUCCAAAUACAACCAGAACCCAUUCAAGUACAGCCCGAACUCCUCCAAAUACAACCGAAACCAGUCCCUGUACAGACGAAAUUCCUCCAAAUACAACCAAAACCCAUUCAAGUACAGCCCGAACUCCUCCAAAUACAACCGAAACCAGUCCCUAUACAGACGAAAUUCCUCCAAAUACAAAAAACCCCUCCAAGAACAGCCCAAACUCUUAAAAGUACAACUGAAAUUCCUUCCCGUCCAGCCGAAAUUUCUCCAAGUACAACCGAAACCCCUCAAAGUACAGCCCAAACUCCUCCAGAUGAAGUCGAAAUUCCUCCAAAUACAACUGAAACCCCUCGAAAAACAGCCCAGACUUCUCAAAGUACGACUGAAAUCCCUCUCAUAUAGCGGAAAUUCCUCCAAAUUCAACAGAAACCGCUCUCCGUACAGCCAAAAUUCCUCCCUGUACAACCUAAACCCCUCCCUGUUCUGCCGAAAUUCCUCCAGAUACAACCGAAACCCCUCAAAGUACAACCGAAACUCCUCCAGAUAAAGUCGAAAUUCCUCCAAAUACAACCGAAACCCCUCAAAGUACAGCCGAAAUUCCUCUAAAUACAGCUGGAAUUUUUCUAACCCCUCCAAGUACAGCCCAAACCCCUCAUUGUACAGCCAAAAUUUCUAUAAAUACAACCAAAACCCCUUUAAGUACAGCCCAAAUGCUUAAAGUACAACCGUAACCCCUUCCUAUACAACCGAAAUUCCUCCAAAUGCAACCCAAACUCCUCUCAAUACAACUGGAACUAAACAACCAGUGUGUAAACGCACGUAUAAAACCUUACCAGCGUAUAAUCCAGAUACUAAUCACACAAAGUGAGCAGGUGUAACAGGUACCUGUAUGUACGGUGUUUUAUACCAUUGAGUGGGUGAGAGAGAAAGCCCCUCCCUUGUCUUUAUAUAUAUAUAUAUAUAUAUAAAAAAUGAGUGGAUAGUAAUAAAACAUUCCCAGUUACUGUAAUUAUGAGACGUUUGAAACCUGCGCUCGAGGAUGCGUGUUUGAGUAGAUGCGUAAAAUAAAAAAUAAAAAACUGGAUGGAUUAUUAUAGAGUAUAAUAAAUAUUAUAGAGCUACUGAUAUAUAAAUAAACACUUAUAGACAUAAAUAUAUACUAUAUCUAAUCUGUCUCCUGAUUUUUCUCAAUCUAUAUCCAUCUAUAUCUGUCUAUAGGCAGAGCUAAAGAGAGAGAGAGAUGGAGAUAUAGAACUAUAUAAAAUGUCAUGAUGAAAUGAAAUUUAUUAUGAUGCAAGCUGAAGCUGAUCUCUUCUCGGGUUUCAGUCAAAUUGUAAACUUUUGAUACCAAUAAUGAGACGGUCAUAUGGUUGACGGUCAUAUUCUAUGAGCAUUAGAUGUCUCUCCAUUGACUGAUGCAUUUAGUUUUGAUAUUGUGACACGAAAUAGAAAUAGAAAAAGAGAAAGAAGAAGAAGAAGACAUAUCACUUGGGGAAAAAAAUAUGCUGCAGAUUUUGUAAAAAUAAAAUUAAAUGAAAUAAAAUAGAAAACGAUCAGAUACUUCUGUAAAACACACAAAGCACCUUUUUACGUCCCGUCUUUAGGACCGAUAUUUUAAUAGACGACUCGUAGUUCGUUCACUUCACUUACCAAAGUCAGUAGUCAUGCGGCGCCACAGCUACGCUGCUGCAUCUGUGAAGUCAGUCCGCCGUGAUUUGUUCGUUUAGUUUCGUUCGUUUCGUAUAUAUUCGUUUAGUUAAGAGUCGUGGAAACCAGCCUUCGUUCCGUUUCGUUUUUUGUUUUAUUUUCAGUGUAUGCGUUUGUGUCAUAGCUUCUUUUUGUCUAACCUAUUUGUCGUCUUCAUAUUAUUAUUAUCAAUAGGCAUUCUUCACUCGAAUACCUCAGUUAAUUGCAUGCAUUUUUCUUUUUUAUUAUUUUGUUUUCCUUUGUUUUUUUUUGUUUUUUUGGUGCUAUGUUUAUUAUUAUUAAGCUUGAAUUUCUCAUCUUUUUGCACUGUAACUAUAAUACCUCUUUAUUUUACCUUUUGAAAUCUGUUUUCCUUUGUUUUUUUUUGCUAGAGGUCAGCUUAAUAUAAAAUUUCCCUGGUUUUUGAAGAUUUUCUGGGAAAUCUGAGAGACAGAGAGAGAAAGAGAGAGACAUUCUCUGCACAUAAGCUUGAGCUCAGUGCCUCUUUAUGGAACCUCUUUCUUUUUUUUCUUUUAUUAUAUUUUCUCUUGUGUCUUUUGAGUUUGUUCGAAAUCAAGCUAACUGUGCUGCGUCUGAUCAAAAGGGUUGCUUAACGCUUGUGGACAUCAACAGAUUGCACUCUCUUCUGUACAGCUUUCUUAAAUUUUUCUUAAAACGUGUACACUGCAAUGCGUUUUCCCCUCUGUAUCGCGCUUAUAAAGUCUUACUAGGCUGCCAACCCCACCUGUAGAACAGUGUAUGAUGUGAAUGUCUUCUAGAAAUUCUAGAAAUCACAAGAAGACAUGGUAUAGGAAGCUAUUUAAUAACAGUUUAUAACUAAAGCGUAACACUUUACUGAAGGGCAGUGUUAUAUACGGUCAUAUUACUACCUAAAUAAGCUUUUAAUGACAUCUGACACAUGUAUGUAGAGAGUUAUAAAGGUUUAAGAAAGCUGACACUUCUUAAAAAACAGUUGCAGAACUUAAAAACAUACAAAUACAGCCAAAUUUAUGAUGGUGAAAGAGUUUAAAACUGGAGAAUGCAGCUUUUAGUGCAUGGUUAUCAGAAAAUUAGUUUUUCUAUGUGUUAUAUAGCUUAUUUUCUUCUGCGUUAGCCUAUGAAAUAAACAGCUCUGGAAAAAUAUAAAAGAGCACUUCAGUUUCUGUAUCAAUUUCUCUGAUUUUGCUAUUUAUAGCUUUAUGUUUGAGUAAAAUUAACAUUGUUGUUUUAUUCUAAAAACUACAGACAUUUCUCCCAAAUUCUAAAUAAAAAUCAUUUAGUCAUUUAGAGCAUUUAUUUGCAGAAAAUGAGAAGUUUUGCAAAGAAAACAAGUUCAUAUUCAUAAAGUUUUAAGAGUUCAGAAAUCAAUAUUUGGUGGAAUAACCCUGGUGGUUUUUAAUCACAGUUUUUAUGCAUCUUGUCAUCAUGUUCUCCUCCACCAGUCUUACACACUGCUUUUGGAUAACUUUAUGCUGCUUUACUCCUGGUGUAAAAAUUCAAGCAGUUCAGUUUGGUGGUUUGAUGGCUUGUGAUCAUCCAUCUUCCUCUUGAUUAUAUUCCAGAGCUUUUCAAUUUGGUAAAAUCAAAGAAACUCAUCAUUUUAAGUGAUCUCUUAUUAUUUUUCCCAGAGCUGUAUAAAAGGUUUUGUCCAACAAAGGGUGGUUGUAACAUUUAACAGCUAAGGUUAAACAUUAAUAUUUUCAUGUAGCCUUAUUUCAGGCUUCUGCAGGUGCUAUGUAGCCUCACAAAUAUGCUGUACUUGCUUUACACGGACAUAUGACCUUAUUAUAAGCCUUAAUAACAACUGGCAUUAAUCUGUAUAGACAGUUAUGAAGGCUUGUUUCCACAAAUGUCUGAAACAGCAGAUGCAGGCAUUAUGUAGCUCUUUGAAUGCUGCACUUGCUAGAAGGCAGUAAGUCUGUAUUGAAACGGUAUAAACAUUAAAACAAAGGCGGAUUGGAACAACUUUUAACUGUCAUAACAUAAAAAAAAUGGACAGCUACUGCCUUUUUCACAAAAAGCUAACGUUAAAGUAGAUGUGUAGAUGUUAUGUAGCUUCUUCAAUACUGCACUUGCUAAAAGAAGGCUAAAUUACCUCUACUUAAGCAAAUUUUUUAGGUUUCAUUCAGGCGUAUAUAGGCAUCAUGUGUCUUCGUAAAUGCUGCCCUUUACAGAAACUUGAGUAGACUCAAGCAUUACAAACGUUAAUUGUAAAGUGCCAGAUUUUUCUAUACGGAGAUCUGCACAAGCGCAGUAGCCCAAACCAAGCUGCUAAAUUUGGAGCCAAAUGCUUCACUACAAAUAAUUAUGAGGUUUUAAACAGAUUUUUCUGUACAAUUUAAACAUUUUCAACUUCUCGUUGUCCGUGCGGCCAAUCACAGCACAGCUAACAUUCGGUCUACAAAUAGCCUUUAGGCAGAAGCUCAUUUUUAUUUUUAUUUUUUACCAGCCUUCCAUCUCUAUUCCAUACAAAUGCUGCCUUUACAGAAACAUUUGUGGACUUCACAAACAUUAAUUCCAAUGUGUCAGAUUCAGGUGAAACUUUUAAUAUGGAUGUGGAGAUCUGCGCAAGCGAAGUAGCCCAAACCAAGCUGGGCAUUUUUGAGCCAAACGCUAAAUUACAGCUAAUCAUGAGGAUUUAAUCCGAUUUUCAUAUAAAUUUUAAACCUUUAAAUCAACUUUUCUGUCUCAGUGCGACCAAUCACAGUGCAGCUAGUCUGCUGUCUACACAUAGCCUGUAUGUAGACUACAAAUAAUUCUUUAUUCCACAUAAAUGCUGCCAUUUACAGAAAUCUUAGACUAUACAAAGGUUAAUUCCAAAAUUUCAGAUUCAGGUGAAACUUUAUUAUAGAUAUGGAGAUCUGCGCAAGCGAAGUAGCCCAAACCAAGAUAGGAAAUUUUGAGCCAAAUGCUACACUACAGCUAAUUAUGAGUAUUUAAUCAGAUUUUUAUAUAAAAUUUAAACAAAUCUAAACAUCAACUUCUCUAUCUCCGUGCCUUCCAUCUCUAUCCCAUAUAAAUGCUGCCAUUUACAGAAAUCUUAGACUUUACAAAAGUUGAUUCCAAAUCGUCAGAUUCUUAAAAUUGCUUAAAAAAAAAGCUUUAUUUCAGGAUUAUAAAGGUGUAUGUUAGCCUUGUGAACGCUGCCCUUCGCUAAAGUGUUCCCACGUUUUUAGCUUUUUUUUUCGACAUCUCAUCUACCUGACUGAGUGAAGAAGAGAGCUGCCGUCGUUGCUGUUGGUACCUCCUUUAUCUGCGCUCUGCUGUGUUUUUCUCAGCACAGGCAUUACAGAAGUACUGACGAAAGUUCAGUCUCCCGGGUGCUGCUACCUCAAAAACAUACAAAAACAACCUCCCAUGUGAUUUUUAGUCUGACAGUCCAGAUUAGAGCAGUGUUUUGACCGAUGGAUUGGUUGAUCUAUUUAUCUCUCUCUAUCUAUAUAUCUAUAUAUAUACUGUAUAUGUACGUGUAAUUUUUGCGGAUGUGGCAACUCGCUCUCAGUGUUUUUUGCUCUUGUAACUCUUCUCUGCACCUUAGACGGGGGAUACUUGUAUACACACUACAGUUUGCACUAGAAUCCAUUCCCACUCAGCUGGAUUCACAUCUUUUUAAAAGUACAAUUCGCCCAUAAAUGGUGCCUUUGUCUUUUUUUAGCGUAACAGCAUCUGGACUUAUGCUAUAACCGUAGCCAAUCGAGACGUUGCUUCUUGGUGGUGUCUCUGUCUGUGUUAGGAGAUGGUGCCAUGUAUUUAUCAUCAGUGUGUUUCUAAACUGGGCUGCUGUUUUUCUAAAGCAAUCCGAGAGUUGGGUCACUGUCUGGUCUGUAGGUCUGGUCUGUAGGUCUGGUCUGUAGGUCUGGUCUGUAGGUCUGGUCUGUAGGUCUGGUCUGUAAAGGUUCCUCAGCUGUCUGAGUGCAAUCUUUUCAUUGAGCAAGAGUUGAGUGACCCUAUAUACUCCCCUCCUCGCCUUUAUUUCAUUCCUAUAUUCUUGUCUUGUGCAGUCAUUGCAUCUAAAUGGGUUUCCACUUUGCCACAAUUGCUUUAUCUUGCAUUAGCUUGGAUUAUCUUGGAUUAUCAGGAAGGAGGAGCUUCUUCAACCCUGCUAUAUUUCUACAACAACACAUUUUUGUCCUAUUAGAUCUUGCAGCUUUUUCCCAGUGGUUCAAUGGCACACUCUUACAGCGUUUUCACACUUUUCUCUAUUUAAACUCGUAGUGAAACUUCGUUAAUUUAACUGCGUUGACGUUCAGAGAAUGUGAACUCACUCAUAUGGUGCCACACUUGUUGUUGUCUUUUUCUUGUCUUCUUUGUCCUGGUAGCUAAAAGGACAAAAUCGCAGCAGAUCAGUGGUUGGAGAAUGAAGCCGAAGCUUCUCCUGUGGCUUUUUUUUGUUGUUGUUUUAAAUAUACGUAAUAACCUGGUGCGUAAUUGAGGGGGGGGAACAGAAUGGUAAAAAAAAAAUGGUAAAGCUGUUUUCACACUGAAGAAUAGGGUAAAUUCACUGCUGUACUUCCAGAAACGUUGUUUUCAUUGGGAUGCAUAGCAAGUGUUGUGGUAACAGAGACAUACGUUAUUAAGGAGACAAAAAGAGCCAAUCAGUUUGCUGGUUUCCCGAAAGCAGAGCCCCUCUCGAUUAUGGAGAUCUGCGCAAGCGCAGCAGCCAUACAAAGCUGAUGAAUUAUGUUUUUUUUUGUGCAUUUGAGAGCCGAACGCUACAAAAUGUACAAAUUGUUUAAUUUUUUAAAAAGAUUUUCAUAUAAAAUUUAAACAUUCUCAACUUCUCAGUGCAGCCAAUCACAGUGCAGCUAGCAUGAGCAAGUGCAGCACAUUCCAAAACAUUAAAGUGCUUAUAGGAGGAAAGUCAGUUCACAAUUAUUAUCUAUUAUCUUAUUAUCUAAUUAUCUAAGUACAAACAAGACCAACCUCCCAUCUGUAUAAAAAAAAUAAAUAAAUAAAUAAGAGGAGAAAUCAGAAUACUCAAAACCAAAAGGUCUAAUUACUUUUUUAACUGAUAAAAUCUGAUAAAAAAAACUGAUAAAAGGAUUUAUAGCAUUCGACUCAAUAAUUAACCAAAAAAAUAUAAAAUUUCAGUUUUUAGCUUGUAUUGUCUUCGCUCUCAGCACAACCAGCAAGCUGAUUGGCUCUUUUUGUUGAAGGGUGGGACUCCAGAACGAUGAAAAUGAAGAUGAUGAUGAUAAAUAUGAUGAUGAUGAUCUCCUCAUUAAUAAUGUUUAAUAAUGUCUCUGCGAUCAGUGUGAAAACAGUGUGAAAACAGCGUGAAAAGAAGGCACGUUCUUCAUGGUUGUGAGUUGGAGUUUGGUCCUCAAUCAUACAGUUUGCUGCAGACUGUCUCUUAUUUCACUUACUGGCCGAGAAACUUUUUUGUUCUUGUUUUCUUUUGCUUUUGUUUUUUUUGUUAUUUUUCUUUUGUACAUGUAGCACAAUUGAGCAUUGCACUUGGGCGCCAUACUUUACCUCAUGUCAGAAAGAAAAUGAAAAAAAUGUGUAUAUAUAUGAUGCCGUUACGUUUAAAAGAAAAAGAAAAAAUGAAUAAAUAAAGAGAACUUUGUGGUUUUGGCCUUGCUGCUGUUCCACUGCUGGUAUUUUACAAUUGUAUUAAAAGAGGAAUAAAAAGAGGUGAUCGGAGCGAUCAGACAAACGAAGAUACAAACGUGCCUGCAGGAGAUAUCAUCUGAGAAAUAAAUACACUGUAGAAAAAGUAGUAGUUUUGAUCUCUACAAUCUUGGGGCUAAAUGUAUGUCCUGUGUGUACAUUCAUGUCCUGCCUUAAUGUAAUAUUUUCAAUAUUGUAAUGUAAACCUGCAAAACUACACAAAAACUCCCGAGUUCUUUGGACAGGCAUGUCUUGCAUUAUGUUUAAUAGUAGGUGACCUCGUUCCACCACUAGUUUAGAUUAUAUUUGAAAAACCACAGUAGUUCCAGAUUAUUAGUGCAUGUCGGUGAAGAAAUCCCCUCCCUCCCUCUCUUUUCUUGACCCACAGCCCCUUAUUUUCUUAUUUUUUGGCUGGUUAUGUUCUGUAUUAUUUGUUUUUGUACAAUUUUGCAGCCCCAGAUCCAUAAAGAAGGGCUUGAGCAAGCAGCUUCCUGCAUUUCGGUGUUGUAAUGUAUUGUGUUUUUUUAUAUAUAUAUAUAUAUAUAUAUAUAUAUAUAAAAAAAUAUAUAUAUUAUUUUUCUUUUCAGUUUAAUUUGGGUUACUGACCUAAUGUAAAACUCAAAUGCACUCAUCAUAUCAGCAGCAAGGUGGCCAAAAGACAUGGGUGAGGAACGUGAGAUGAACUUUUCGAGAGUUUUCGAGACGGAGCACCAGUGGCGGAGCGUGGAUCGGGGGAAUUAUGGGCCAUCACAAACUGCAGCGAUGUUUGUUUUAAGGGACAUUUAAAAAAAAAAAGAAAAUGAUGAAAAAUCUCAUUCAUACUGUAAAAGUGCUGCAGUGGUUUACGAUCUGCACCUUAUGGAUCACAAAUACCUUUAAUAAGUCUUUAUUUUCCCUUUUCUUGUUUUUUUGAAAUAAUUGUAGCUAAAUGUAUCUACAAUAAAGUUAUGGUAUGGUCGUUCAA